AUGUCAGAUAUAUCGUUCAUAAGGUCGAUAAUAUCACUGUGCCGCCAGUCCUUGAGUGGUAAUAAGAUCGCAAUUAAAUCGGCAGAGGACCAAAUGUCAAUGUUGGUCAAAUCUGACACAUCAGAAACAGAGAUCAAGAUCGCUUUAAUAUUUAAAAUUAUAUUAUCACCUCAAGCAAUAUCAGCACCAGAGAAUACACUAUCAGACGACGAAUUGUGCGGACUUAAACUGGCAUCAAGCGAUGUGCAAUUGUGGGCAGCAAUCUUCCUUAAAAACUACACAAAGUCGAACUUUGACACGUCAGAAUCAUUUGGAGGAGCGACGGACUCUACGAGAAGAAUCAUCAAGUCGUUUCUGAUAAUAUGCACACUCAACAAAGAUAAGCUGGGAAUAUCAACACCAAUCGCGUCUCAGCUGGAAAGCACGUUGCUGAUGAUAGGAGACAGAGACUUCCCAGAGUCAAUGGAGCACGUGCUGAUGCUGAUAAGCUACUGCCACAUGAGCGAUAUUAACCCGCUGGUGCUGGUGGAGACGCUGACGACGAGACUGCAGACGCAACUGAGGAACCGAGGAGUUAACGUGCUAAACACAAACGUAAACACAAACUCGUCACUGAAUAGAGCAGUGUCGGAAUCGCAAUCAAACUACGACCUGAAGUACGCAGAGUACCUGAUCAAUCACGUUAAGAACUACGUUAACCUGUCAAGGUCGAUCGCAUCCUACAACAACAUACUUAACACGAACAACAUCAUGGAAAUCAGCCGCUGCUACUUCGAAUUCUUCAACGCGCUGGUCGACGGAGUAAAAAACAUGUGCAGUCUGAGGAACAGUGUGACGCUGAAGGACCUGGAGAUGAACAAGUUCGUGCAGUCAGUGUCGUUCCUGUUCAGCCAGAGCACACUUAACACGCACACCGCGAACCCGGCGAGUCAGUCGUACGAAGUGGACUGCAACCCGUCAGACUCGCUCUUCUACUUCGACGAUCGCAACCUUUUCAAUGAGCCGAAGCUGUUCCAGUACGGCCAGAGUGUGCCAGAGCUUGGAGGUAACCAGCACAACGUGCAGCUGCUCCUCUCGCCCUCAAUGUUCGUUAACGAGUCGAGCCUUAACAAGGCGUACUUCAAGACGAAGCUGAGCUCGUUCAAGCUCUUCACGAAUCUGAUGAAAAAGUACAAGGCGCGCGCCUACGACAAUGACACGCUCUGCGAGUUGAAGAUCAUACUGACGCUGUCGGACGUGCACCUGCUGUACGUGUACAAGUACUUCAUCUACAAGUUCACGCAGUUCUACAACUUCUAUAAGUCCAUGAAGGGCACGUUCACGUCCAAUUUCAUAGUCCCGGUGAUGCUUGACCAGUUGGAGUUCAUAAGGCAGGUGAUAAAGAUAUUCGUGUACGUGCACACAAUAGACCUCCCGGAGUCGUUUGAAGACAACGCGCAGCUGUACUUCAGCGGAAUAAUAAACCUGCUGCAGUUCAACGACCAGCAAUUGGUCCAGAAUGAUACAACAGGAACGAUACUGAAGAUGAAAGUGGCCUUUCUGAGGCUCUUGAAGUUCUACGCGGAAAGGUACCAGGAGGUCUUCCACCCGUUCGUUUUCACAUGCAUCGAGGAUGUGGUAAAGCUGUGUAGGACGACGACUCAAGAUGCCUCGGAGGAUAAGCUGUGCUGCGCAGCACUGGACUUCUUGUCAGCAGCGUCCACGACGCACUGGGGAAGUUCGCCGACAGCGUCGGCAAGAAGUAACCCAUACAUGAACAACGCGUUCCUGGCAGAGAUCAUACAAACAAUCAUAGUGCCAAACAUAGGAUUCAGAGAGUGUGACCUGCUGCUGUUAGACGACUGCCCAAUCGAGUUCGUGCAAAGGGAGUUGGACACGAACAGCUGCUCGAGCAGAAGGUUCUCCUCAAUCUCGUUCCUGAAGAAGCUGGUCUCGAGCAUCGGGCAGGUGUGCCAGCAGAUUAUAGCACAGGUGGCAACGAACGUAGCAUCGAGUAACGACUAUAAGCUGAAGGAGUUGUACCUGCAGCUGAUAAUAUGUAUCAACUUCAAGGAGAGCUCGGGAGAGUUCAACAUCAACAACUACUUCAACAAGUACCUGAAGAACGAGUUCGUGCUCCUCGCACAGACACAGCUCACGCAGGAAAAAAGACUCAUAAUACUGGCGAUCAUGAAGUACAUCAUAACAUUCCAAAACCUAUUUAGCGAGAUUGACCUCGUGGCACUUGUACCAUACCUUGUACUAUACCUCAACAACAGCCACGAGGCGCUGAGGUCGUUCUCAGCAGAAGCACUCUCGAGAGUGUUAGCAAAGGUGCGGCUGCACAAGCCGAAGCUAAAGACAUGUAUAUUACAAGCACUAGAUAACCUGUUGACACUGAUGAAGAAUGGAGGCAGGUCAGGGAACGAGUUUUACUCAAAGUGCACAAUGAAGAUAUUUCUGUACCUAAGGGAAGACGUGCGAGAAAGCGGGAUGCUGAUGAUACAAAUCGUGAUCUCGCUGAUCAAGAUGGUGACAGAUAACCCAGUAAACCCGGCGUAUAACCACUACCUGUUCGAGUCGCUGUCAAUACUGCUGAGGCUGAACCUGCAGACGGAGUCGUACGGAUUGGGACAGCCGCUGGAGAAGAUAGAGGAGUCGCUGAUACCGAUGCUGGCAAUGAUAAUACAGCAGGAGAUGCACCCGUUCAUACCAUACAGCCUGCAGGUGCUCUGCAUCAUGCUCAAGUUCGCAAACAAGGCAUCGACGACGUACCUGCAGCUGCUCAACCACCUGCUGACAAUAGAGACGUGGAAAGUCUCAAUCGCAAACGCACAGGGGAACAUUAAGCUGCUGGUCUGCUUCUUCGAGAAGCACAGCAUCUUCGAGAGCGAGAUCAACAAGAACAUGGAGAAGAUCCUCAACAUAUUCCACUUCUGCCUCGUGCACAGGAAGCUCUCGACUCACUCGCUGGACAUGAUCAACGGAAUCAUCAGGUUCCUGCCGCUCAGCUACUACGUCGCGUUCAUUAAGUCGAUCGUGACAGUGCUCCUGACGUACAUCCACAACAACAAGGGCAGCGACGCGCUGGUGGACGUGGUGACGACGAUGUCGCUGCUCACAGCGUACCUGCACCUGCACAAGUACGAAAUGUCGCUGAUUGAAAUCCUGGAGACGAUACAGGUGGGCAUCACGAGCAGCUUCAUGGAAAUGGUCUACGUGCCGAACGUGAAGAAGACGAUGAACACGGAGGCGAAGAGAGUGCACGCAGUCGCGAUCGCGAAGAUGGCGACGCUGUCAAGCGUGCAGAUGAACAACGAGCUGUUCAUGCUGCUGAUGGGAGCACUCGAAGACCUCAUCUCGGGAGAAAACGUUAAGCUCGACACGCCCAAGGACAUGCUCGACCCGAACAACAUGGAAGAAAUCGACAAGGUCGAACUCAACUUCGACGUGAGCUACGUGCGACUGCAGGCGGCGAACGACGGGAGGAAGCUGCUCGACAAAAACAUCAACGCAGAAGAGGUCAUCAAGGACCUGCUGGCGCCAAUGGCAGGACUGAUGAAGAGGAACCUGUCGAUGUCGGGAAAGUUCACAUCAGUGCUGUCACUAGUCAGAAGGACGAAGGGGGCUGGUGACACACCGAGUAAAGACAAGAAGAGAGCGAGGGUGAAGGAACUGAGAACUAGGAAGAAACCGAUUAGACAAAGCAACAAAAGGGAAAUAAAAACAAUAAGUAGAUGCACAUAG